AACGUUAUGGCAACUGGAAAAUAGGAACACUGUAAAAGUGGUAAUUUUCGUAGCGUAUUGCUGUCCGUCAUCAAUAACUCGCGUAAUUCGGGCGUGUGCUCCUUUUAUGCAUUUAUUGAAAGAAACUGACCGUUUUACACCGCCUCCGACGCAAAAGAGCGUUCGCGCCGCUGUUUGCCGCUCAAAGACUGUCAUGAUAUCGUCCUUUCCACCACACCCUUGGGUAUCGUGAAUCGUAGUCGUGAACUGUUGCGUGUUUAUUGCCGACGGCAGCGUUUGAGGCUGUUGUACGGGUUGGAUUGCGUUAAUCUGUGUACGGUGUAGUGUUAUGUGUAUAAGUUAGCAGGUUGAAUAGUUGUGUUGAAGAGCGCGGGACACAUUGAUGGGCAGUGUCGUGCGCGCUUGGCAGGCGGCUGAGAGGCCGCAGCGGCGGGUUUUUGCUUCGUGGAGGGUCUACGAUAAAAUCAGCCACACUGGAACUGAUGGAAUUAGAGAAUAUCGUCGCGAACACUGUUUAUUUGAAAGCCAGAGAGGGAGGUUCCGAUAGCAAUAAGGGCAAAAGCAAGAAGUGGCGUAAAAUCCUUCAGUUCCCACACAUAUCACAAUGUUUAGAUAUAAAAACAAAAAUAGAUGUAGGUUACGACUACGUGGUAGACCAGCAGCCGAUAGGCAAGCUGCUGUUCCGACAGUUCUGCGAGCGGAAUAGGCCGCAGUAUCACAAGUACAAUAACUUUCUAGAUGCGACAGACAGGUAUGAGGUGGAGGUGGACGAGACGCGUGCGAUGCUCGCGGCCGAAGUGUUCGGCAGGUACCUGAAGACUGACGACUGUGAGGCAGUGACAGAUGUCGUUAGUAGGCAGGUCAUCGAUGAAGCUAGUGCUACGAUAGAUGCCGGCUCUAAAGACAUAUUCAUAGAAUGCGUGCGAUGCGUGAAGAGUUUCCUCGCGGGAGCUCCGUUCGCGGAGUUCGAGCGCUCGAUGUACUUCCACCGGUACUUGCAGUGGAAGUGGUUGGAGGCGCAGCCGGUCACCCAGCAUACCUUCAGGAUGUACCGGGUCCUGGGGAAGGGCGGCUUCGGGGAGGUUUGCGCGUGUCAGGUCCGAGCGACAGGCAAAAUGUACGCCUGCAAGAAAUUAGAAAAGAAACGCAUUAAGAAACGUAAAGGAGAAGCCAUGGUGCUCAUAGAGAAACAAAUACUGCAGCGAAUCAACUCGCGGUUUGUGGUCAAUCUAGCGUAUGCGUAUGAGACUAAAGAUGCGCUGUGUUUGGUGCUCACUAUUAUGAACGGUGGAGACCUAAAGUUUCACAUCUACAACAUGUGUGGCGCGGAUACGGGCUUAGGGUUGGAACGUGCGAGGUUCUACGCUGCGCAGGUCGCCUGCGGCCUAGAACAUCUGCACAAGAUGGGCAUCGUGUACAGAGACUGCAAACCCGAGAACAUUCUGCUAGACGAUGCGGGGCAUGUUCGUAUCUCAGACUUGGGGUUGGCAGUGGAUGUGCCUGAAGGUGGCAGUGUGAGGGGCAGGGUCGGUACUGUGGGGUAUAUGGCGCCUGAGGUAAUAGACAACGAGCGAUACACAUUCAGCCCGGACUGGUUCUCAUUCGGGUGCCUCGUGUACGAGAUGAUCGAGGGCCGCGCUCCCUUCCGCGCCCGUAAGGAGAAGGUCAAGCGAGAGGAAGUGGAUCGAAGAGUUAAGCACGAACAAGAAAAAUACUCUCACAAGUUUAGCGAAUGCGCCCGCUCCCUAUGCUCGGCACUGCUCGGCAAGGCCGUGUCCACGCGGCUGGGCUGCGGAGCGGGUCGGCGCGGCGCGGGCGCGGUGAAGGCGCACCGCUUCUUCGCGCACCUCAACUGGGCGCGCCUCGAGGCGGGGAUGGUGGACGCGCCCUUUGUGCCUGAUCCACACGCAGUCUACGCGAAAGACGUACUCGACAUAGAACAAUUCAGCACAGUUAAAGGCGUUAACUUAGACGCGGCCGACGAUACAUUCUAUGGCAAGUUCAACACGGGAUCAGUCAGCAUCCCCUGGCAGACUGAGAUGAUCGAGACCGGAUGCUUUGCUGAACUCAACGUCUUCGCUAGAGGAGAAGACAACAAGGAAUGUGCGACGCCGGACCUACAGCUGGUGCCCGCCACCACCACGCCCGAGGAGGAGAAGGGAUGCUUCCUAUUCGCCAGACGGGUACUAUGCCCACAAAAGAAAGUAUCAGCUCGUCUCCGAGCGGUCCCCGUACCCGAGCACCUCCUCCUCCCCUCCUCCCCCGCGCCCCCAGCUCAGCCCCCGCCCCCGGCCACGCCCGCCCCCGCCGCCGACACCAGCUGACCGAGUCAACCCGCUGCCUAAUGUGGUAUGAUCACACCUUUACUUUAAAACUUUGACGUGUCUACUGUAUGUUGUUUUGUUGGCUGUGUUUGUUUUACCAUGAAAAAAUUACGAAAGAAAUAUGAAAGACCCUAGUCUUUCGUAGGUAAAAAGACUAGGGUCUUUCGUAGGUAAAAAGACUAAGGUCUUUUGUAGGUAUGGUCAAAAGACUACCAUUAAACUGUGUCUAUAAAGCUAUGGGCAAAUUUUAAAAUAUCAAAAUUAAUUAAUUGAAGAGACAACUGUCACUAUACUGCCAAGCAAAAAUAGACCUAAUUGUUUUUCACCGACACAUAAAUAUCAGUUUUCUUAAGACAACUGUAAACUAUGAAUUUUCAUUGUAUGUAUAAUGUUUUAAGAAAAAACGGACGCGUAUUUUGUCGAUGGAAUUGGUAAAAAAUAUAUAGUCAACUAUACAACGUACCUUGACGAACCUAAAGCUAUCGAAACCCAUAGAUUUUGUAUGGCAAUACAAUGCUGUGACAUCAUGAAAAGUAGGAGAAAUUCACUGACAUUUUGUUAAAAUUUAGUCAAGGAUUGCGAGUUAUUUAUCGAGUAAUAGUGAAGACGCAAGUUUUGCUAUUUUAUAGACGGGACUAGAUUGAGUUGUGACUAAAGACAGGCUCAAAAUAUACCUAUAAAUAAUGCACAAACAUAGACGAAAUACCAUGUUACAAAUAACUAAAAAGUACGCUGUAUUGAAAGCUAAUAAUAUCUAUUUAAAUGGUAAACUUUAUUGAAGUUAUGUUCACGCUACUUCAUAUAAAAACGUUUCAAAAGGCAGUCUUAAAAUUUCGUAUUGUAGCGCGUAAAAUGAUUGACGAAACUACGAAAUUGAUACGUGUAGACGUAGUAAUAAGACGCAUUUCUCCUUGUACCUGUCGGAUAAGUCGGCUUUGUGAUCUUAACUUAUAAAGGGACUAUUUCAAAUGUUGUUUUUUUUACCAUUUUCAGUGAUUUUUCAGUUAGUUAAAAUCUUUGAGGUUCUUCUUUGGAAGUUGCUCCAAGUACUUCUGUGUUAUUUUUGAAAUUAAUAUUGGUAAAUUCUUUUCUAUUAAAUAUUAUUUAACAUAUUUUUGAAAUCUUGCUAAGUCUCUUAUGAUAAGACAUAAGGGAUUAACUUAGUCCUUUGGUAGUUUUUUCACCCUUUUUAUCCCAAAUUGGUAGAAAAACAAUGUUUGAAAGAUAUUGAUACGAAAAUGUUGACGAUACAUACACUGCUUAGUGUGACCUGUUGAAAAAAUCAUGAACAAUUUAGAUUUAGUUUUCUUUUUAUGUUGGCAAUUGUAAGAAUUACUUACUCUAUAAUAAUUAUUAUUUAUUUAUAUUCUUACUGAUAUUUUCUGUACAUAAAUAUUCAUACUUAUAUGGUGAGUAGAGGUAUAUAAUUCAUACAUUUAUGUUAUGAUUCUUACAGUUGCCAACUAUAAAAAUUGGAACUACACUUAUAGACAUUGACACAAAUUAAAAAUUAUAGUUUUAGAAAUUGUUGCUAAACCUCCUUGCUGGCAAUUAUUUUAAUGAAUUCCGCAUGGUAUAUUUCUUCUAAAUUUUUUAUAUAAUAUUUGAGAUUCGAUAUUUUUUUUCGUCGAGUUGUCUGUAAAUGCAGUUCCAAUAGAUUUCUCAUUAUUAUGGAUGACUGAUAUUAUGUGUAACCAUGCAUUUAGCUCAAUAGUAACCUCUGAGUAUUACACGAACAAACAUUAUUAUAAAAUCUAUUGUCAUGUAUUUUAUAUUAUUAUUGUUUUAUAAUGUAAUCUAUCAAUGAUAUUAUUCGAUUGAGUUUUUUUUAAUAUAAAUAUGUAUUUUGUAAGUGUUUUUUUGUUGUGUUGGUGAUGGAUAGACAAGUAGUGAUGUGCAACACGAAAAUUUUUAUCGAUAAAUUUUAAAUGCUUUGUCGAUUUUGAAAAUUGGAUUUUGUAUGUCUAUAUGUCACCAACACUAUGAAUAUCGAUGCCAAUCUAACGUUUUAGAAGGGAAGUCCCGUUGUUUUGACUACUAGGUAAGUCAAGUAUAUACUUUUUACGACUAUUAUAUACAUUUUUAUAAUACGUACGUACAUUUACAUAAUUAUAUUAUUAUAGAUCAUUUUUAAAGGUUUUUUGUUUUGUAUUUAAUGGCUAAUGAUGAUGUAAUACUUAAAUAUUUCCUAUGUUAUGGCUUUGUUAUGUCCACAUUGAGCCUCGGAGCGGAUGAAAUCAUUCUUAGUGAAACAUGAUUUUAAUGGUUAGUGUAAUGUCAUGUUUACUAAGAAUAUACAUUAAAAUGCUAUGUAAUGAGUGUUGAGAAAUCAGAUAUUAUGUCCGCGCUUUUGUCAGUUCACUAAGUAGAUGUUGUUGUUAAUUUUUAAAAUGCAAACUGUCGUUAUAUCGAUAAAAAUGUUGGACAUCCCUAAAGUGAGCAACAAUAUUAACAAAAUGCCUACUUAGUGAACUUGUUAUUAUAACAACAAGUCAUCCGCCUCAUAUAAGUCACUUAAAAUCUAGAUAGUGUAUAAUCAAGCAAUAAUAAAUGAAACGAAUAGAAAAAUCUAUGGAAUCUAUGUAUUUAGUUGUUCUUGUCUGUGGUAGUGCUUAAUUUAAAAAAAAAAGAGACGUAUGUAAGUAAACCGUGGAAAGAGAAAAAAAUAUAGUUUUCUUGUAAAAAAACUGGUAAUACACUCUUCCUCAAGAUUGUGAAUAAAAUGUGUCGCACAAAGUAUUGAGAAAAAAAUAAUCUAAUAAUAAAAAUUCUUACUGUAUGUACAUUGCCAAUUCACUUCCAAUGUUUGUAUUAGUGAUAAGUAUUGAUGCAUUUUGAUGUGUAACUUUAUUGUUAUUGAAUAUUUCGAUGCCUAUUGUCGUUUUUGGAGGCUGAAAGCGUGUGCAGAAACGGAUUUUAAAAACUCUUGCUUCCAAUUGGUACGAGUCUUUUGAGCUAUCUUAGCCUAGGGUCAGAAAUGACGGAGAUUCAUUUCUGAAAAGUUUUUGACAAAUUAAUACGGGUUUGAUAAAUGUUCCAAACUUGGCUUGUGGGCCCUAACAAAAGAAUUAGUUUUAAGAAGCUAUUACUAACAUUAGUAGUUAAACGCUUGCGAUAGUAAGUUAUGAAAUCGAGGUUUCCUUGUCAAAGGUUCGUGGGAUGAGAUAAUUAGGGUAGCCAUUGUGGUACAGUCGUACAAACGUAUUUGAUAUUAGUGGGGCUUGUUGUAACACGGGUCCUUUGAAUCAUGUCGUCCUUUGUAUAUAAUUGGGACUUUUAAGCAAUUAGGGUUCAAAUAAUCCCUGUUGUUAACGAAUAAAUUAGAAAAUUGAUGUCAAAAUGAAAUCAUUGUGGAUAUUUUAUUGGUUCUUAGCUUCAGAACGUAGAAAAUUCAACCAAUAAAAAAUCUACAAUACUACUUUUUAUGAUGAGGUAAUUUUGAAAUAUUUUUAUAAAACAUUUCGCCGGCUCUGGCACGCGCUUUCAGUAUUUGCCUCCCGUUUUUAAUCGUCAUUCGAGCUACACUCGGCCGAACAUCCGCCAUCUUGUAUUCCACGAAAUGUCACGAAUGUUCACGGAAACAGCCGAAGUGUAGCGCCUAACAUUUAGGCAUUCAAGGGUAAUCGUGUAAAAGAGCAAGUCAUCUCGCUACGAUUUAUUUUUGUCAUUCGCACAAACGUUCGUUACUCGUUCAUUCAUUCAUUCUUUUUAACUUUAGGACUUUGGUGUUAUAUUGGUCGGCUGUAAGUUUUAAAUUUGUUGGUACUUGUCCCGAAAUAUCUGGAUUUACAGUCGAUCAAUCAGUUGAAUGAAUGAAUGAAACGAGUGAACUCGUUCAAUGCUUAAUGCUCCUAUUCGAUAUAGGCAAUUAUUCCGAUAUUGACUUUAAACCUUUAUUUGGAUUUCAAAUAAUACAUAGUUACUCAAUCGCUUAUUUGAAUCCUGUCUAUAUGUGUAAAGAUAUUCCCGAAAUUAUCAAUUUUAAUGAGCGAUGUAACUUUCAUGUUAACAGAGUUUUUUUGUGAGCUGGCAAUCAAUCGUCAAGAUGUAAUAUUUUUAAAUGAUUGGAGAUUCUCUGUUCAAGACUAAGUAUUAAGUAUGCUUGUCUUGUUGAAAAGAUAGUUCCCCUAUUAUUAUGUAGUAGAUACAAUUUCCCAGCUCUUAGAAAUCAUGUUGCACAUAAGUUGUAGUGUUACCAUCCAUAAUGCAUUUUUAUUUAAGUUAUCCAUUUUAUUAAGUAUAAAGACCAGUUUAUUAUCAAACUGCUCAAGUUCUAGAGUCAAUAUCGGAGUGCAAAGUUGAGCAAAUGCUCGGUUUAGCGAGACUCAUACGAUGCUCAACUCGGGAGCUCAAUUGUACAGUUUUUUUUAGUAAUUCGAAGUUUAGGACAAAAGUCAUUGCGCGUUGUGUUAUCUGUGAACAUUGUUCUGUUUUUUUUACCUUUUAAUAUACACACUAAUAGAAAAUGGUCACUAUAAAGCAAUGUAAGCCUAAGUAAUGGUAACAUUUUGUAUAAAAGACACUGAAUUAAUGCCAAUAUAUUCUUAUGAAAACAUAGUUGUAUUAGUAUCAAUGUAAUACCGAUAAAUAGUGGCGCUGAAGUCAUUAAAAUUAAUAGAAUUCUUCUAUCAACGAUGUUCACAGAUAACAGAUUUCAAAAUAUAAGCAUUUAAGCAAAAAAUGUAUGUGUCACCGAAUUUUGUAAGAAUUUAUAUAUAAUAAAGUAAUGAUUAAUUAGUAUCAUACCUGUAUCAUACUCAUUUGAUGCAUUUUCGACUAAGUGUACUGAAGUGCGUAGCAUGAUACAUGAACAUGACCGGAAAUAAUCACUAUAGAUUUCAGUAUAUAUCACAAUAAUAAUAGAUAGAUAGCAAUAUAGUGUAGCAUUUUUACAAGUAAUGUAAGAAAUACAAUUUUCACUUAUUACUGAGGUAAACUUGGUAUUUUCGUAGUAAUGGUGUAUCAUGCUAUAGCAAUUCGUCUCGUUCGGUUGCAAUGCAGCCGUGACUCGUCGCUGUAUCUAGCUUGUAAUAGUGUUAUGGAUAGCUUUCCUUCAUACUGUUAGUCGUUAUUGCAGUAUUUUGAUGCAAAUAUUAUUAUUUAAUAAGCAUAUUCGUAAAUAAAUUGACUCCGAUAUAGAA